AUGAUAAAUACAAAGAAAGCAGCCUGUCUACCGCUCAUCAGCAGAUCUGCAAGGCCUAAGUCAAAAUCGUCAAACAUUUCUUUGGCAUCAAGUCCUACUUCCCCAGACAUUGAUAUUCACCUUUUCGAAAGAAAAGAAAAAAUUAGGCAAAUCCACACAAGCCAAAACAAAUUUUCAAGAUAUGUCGGCUCAAUGAGCAGCAAAGACUCAGAUUCCAACUCAAGCGGAAGUCCAGAUAAUGCUUCUGCUAAGCUCAACUUCUUUGAGUCUUAUAAGAAAAUAGGAAAAGAGACUGAAAGAGUCGAGUUCAGAAAAAUGAAACAGUCGCCAGAAAUUGCAUUUCUCAAAGAAAUUGAUAAAGGAGGUUUAAGUCCUAAACCUUUUGGGCUCAUCAAGUCUGGCACACCACAGUCAAGAAGCUCUAAAUCAAGAAGCCCACAGUCAAAAAGUCCUCAGUCAAAAGGCUCCGUUGUUGGGUCAUUCGAUUUAAGAAAUAUCGGAAUGGGAGAUACUUAUGCAAAGGCAUUUUCGAAAGGAAUUAAGCAUAUUCCACAGGUAGAAGAGCUAAAUUUAAAAGAAAAUCGACUCAGUGAGAAAGGUGCUUUGAAAAUUUUGUCAAAGUUAGUAGAAAAGAAAACAAAAUACCUUGUUUUGACUGGGAAUCAUUUAGGUGAGCAGUCAGUACAAAAAAUCGUUGAAAUUUUAGAUAACCCAAAAUCUUAUCUGAAGCACCUAAGCCUAGAAAACACAAAACUAAGCGAAUCCGCUAUUAUUCAGCUUUGUAACAGCUUAAAAGAAAAUACUACCCUGACCAGAUUGAAUUUGGCGAAAAAUGAAAUCAGAAAUGGAGCUGUCAAAGCCAUAGGUGAGAUGCUCUCUAAAAAUUACGGCCUAAGAUAUUUAGAUCUUCACUGGAACUUAAUCAGAGGCGACGAAGCAAUCUAUUUAUUCAAUGGCCUAGAGCAAAACCGAUACCUAAGACACUUAGACUUGUCAUGAAAUGCAAUUGGCAACUCCACUAACCUAGAAAUCAUCAAUUCCAUUGGUAAAGCUUUCAAAGAAAACACACUCCUAAUCCAUGCAGAUUUAUCAUAUAACAAUUUUAAUCUCCAAGAAUGCGAAAUCCUUGGAAAAUUUUUAUAUGAUAAUCACACACUUAUAGGUCUACACAUGCUUGGAAAUGAUUGUAAAAUCAAUUCCAAAGGCUUUAUUAUUCCAAUGAAAUGCAGAAAGGAAAAAGACGCCCACAACUUCCAGAGAGUCAUUAAUGAACCUACUUUUAUGAUUCAUAAUGAAGAAAGCUCGAACUGCUGGAUCUGUGAAAGGUGGGUCGAGGCAGAAUUUACUGUAAAAUCAGAAAAAGCUGCUUUUCUGCACUUAGAAUGCGAUGGAUUUGCAGGAGAACUAAUGGAAAACAAUAAUAAUGGGACUUUUUAUAUAAAAAGAGUGGUACCGCCUUGGUCAAACAUCGCUGGGUCUUUCUGGCACUGCCUGAAAAUGCUAAGGUCCGGCUCUAAUAGUCUGGUUGCACUGACAAUCUGGCAGUCUGACUCUAGCUGACAGUCAGGCUCAACUAUCUCUACUGAUUCUACCUGGCAGUCUGGUUCUGCCUGGCUCUGGCACUGUCAAAAUAAAUUUCAUAGGUUUUUAAAGUAACAAUUUAAUUAAUUACGCUAUGAUAUAUUAGAUAAAAAUGCAAUAGCCUAUUUUCAAAACAUUCGUAGAAAAUAAUACCUGUUACAACUUAUAUCUAUAUUCUAAUUGCCCGAGGAUGGUGCAGGAUAGCGCCAUCCUCGGGCAAUUACUAUAUUGUAUUACUGCCAAUAUAUAUGAUUUUAUCUAGUUUAUUGCACAAUUCAGUGAUUUGCAAAGGAAUAGGCUGCUGCUGAUGGAUUGUGAGAAAGCAUUUAAUAGUCAAAAUAAAUCGUUUUUAUUAUAAUAGUAAACAAAAUCAUAAUAAAUUAAUGAUUCUAUCAAAAAGCUAUAUAAUUGAUCAGCCAUAGAAUGAAGUUAUUUUAUCAUCAAAUCGAAUUUAUUUUUAAUAUUAUAAUUAGUAAAUAAUAUUAAUAUUUUAAUUGAAUGAAAGUUAAAAAAAUAGAUUUUUAAUAAAAGCAUUAGUCGAAAUUAUUACCUGAAAGGUUUUACCAUCAAUUUAUACCUCUUGCGCUAAAUAAUUAUUUUAAAAACGAACUUUAUAACAUAAUUUAAAAUAAGAAUUUUAAUGAAUUUAUUUAUUAAUGACAAAGUGAGUAAUAUAUAUCAGAUAAUCUGCAUAAUUUCUCAAUUAAUAAUUUUUUCACUAUAUUGUUUUCGAAAUAUAAUUUAAUUUUUGCACAUCAAUAUUUUGUCAUUAAUUUUAAAAAGCAGAGGAAAUUGAUAAUUAAAAUUCCCUUUAAUUUGUAUCAUUUUUUUUCUAUAUAUACUAUUACUGUUUGCAUCUAUUAGAAUUUUUUUUAUAAAACUAUGGAGUAAUUUUAAAAACAAUAUGCAAGCCUAGUAAAUAAAGGAUUUGAGCUAAAGAUAUUUAUCUUUGAUUUGAUAUUAGAUGGUUAUCAUUGCAAAGCACCUUAAUACACAUGAAAAUCCUAUAGACUUGAGGUAGAGCCAGACUGCCAUGUUACCAGGUAGAGUAGGAUCGCAGGACUGCCAGAUAGCAAGACAGUCAGGUAAAGCUAAUAAAGCCAGAUUGAUAGAUUGCUAGAUUGCUAUGAGGAAUUAGACUGCCAAAUAGAGUCAGUCGAGCCAGGUAGGGCCGGACUGCUAGAUAGAGCCGUCGGGCUAGGUAGAGCCAGCCAAGUUUACCACCCCCUGGAGUUUUGAAGUUCUUCUAUAGCAAUGAAAAUGGUGUAAUUGCACUAGAAGAUACCCCUAGUGAGCCUUAUGACAAACCUAUAGAAGUUAUUAUAGGUGCUAAUAAAAAGGUCUUAUUCCCCAUUUAAUUUCGCUUACAAAUUUUUUUAAAACAAAUAUAAAGAUUUUUUAAUUAUUUAUUUCGGUUUUAUAAAAUGCUUUAAAUUUAUAUGCAAUAAACAAAUUUUAACUCCCUACCUACAUAUGCAAGCAAUAUCAUUUAAAAAACCCUGCUUUUUUAGUUAAAAUAUGCUCCAUGAGCGAACAAAACGUUUUUAUAAAAAAAUAUUUCGAUAUAUAAAUCAAAAUUAGUGUAUGGAAAUAUCUAGCAAAUUCUUUUGAAUUUUAAACAGCUUGCAUCUUAAAACAUAAAUUAAAUUAAUUUACUUUCCAAUUUUUUGUAAUUUUGGAUUUUUUAAAUUUUGAAAAAAAUCACUAUAAAAAUAGAUAUAUUUUUUUUUUUAAAACAUUAAGGGUAGAGUAAGUAGAUAAAAUUACAAAGCAAUCAAAGAAUUAUAUCAAAUAUUUUAUUUAUUAAAAAAUGUAAAAAACAUAAAUAAGCAUUAGUUGAGAUAUAAUUAUAUAAGAUUUAUGGAAUAUUUUCAAAAAUUGUUUAAGAAUUUAAUUGAAAAAAUGAGAAACAGAAUAAUGAAUAUAUAUUAUUUUAAAGUGAAGCAGAUAUUAUAAACCUAUCAAUUUUUAAUUCUUUAAAAAAUUUAUAGUAAUUUUUGUUCGUCAUUAAAUGAUGCCUUAGGAACAAAUUUAAGGAAAAAAUGACGGUUUGGUUCGCUAUUAAAUGGAUAGAGUUAGAAACUGUCAAUGUAAGCUAUGCAGAAGGAAUUGUAUGUGACCCUAGAAAUCUUUUUGAAACACAAAUUAGGAUCCCUGGGACAACUUAUACGAUUAGUAAGCCCCCUCCAGCAGAGCCUGAAGAAAUCAUAUAUGAAAGGAUCAUAUGGGAUAUCUCUAUUAGUUCCUUUAAAGACUACAAAUUUGAUACAGAGCAAAGACUUCAAGCUAAUUUUGAGACAGAUUUUAAGCAUUCUAGGAUAAAUAAAUUUGUUAAGGAUCCACUUGAUGUAAUGAACUCUAAAGAGUGUUUGGAAAAGGUUUAUCAUCAGUUUAAAGAAACCUAUAGGCAUUUAUACAUUGUGAAUAUAAUUAUCAUUAUAUAGCAAAAUAAAAUAUGUCAAAUGGCAUUUUCAGGUAAAUUAAGUAUAGCAGCAUUGGGUGGGAAUGAUUUGUUCUGCUUUGGCUCUAAUAUUUUUUCUGAUUUUCUAACACAAUGCAAUGUGUUUGAUGAAAAUUUCGGAAUAAAUGAUCUCGGUAUCUGCUGGAAUGCGACCAAAUGCCAGAGGUCGAAAUGUGAAGCUGUGAUAGGAAACAGACUUUCUAAGCAUGAAUUCAUGGAAAUUAUUGCUAGGAUAGCAAAUGAUAAAUACGUCAGAAACAAUCUAUGCAAAAAUACAGCUGAAGCUUUGCAGAGAUUAUUUGAUGAGAGCUUGAUUCCUAUUAUGUCUCAAUUUGAUAUACUAUUUUAUAUUGAAUUUCUACAAGCGGGAAUGAUAGAGUUUAUACUAAUAAAAAUAUAAUAAAUCAAAGCUUAAUCUCGCAUAGUUUACAAAUAGAUGGAGAAUGGAGAAAUACUGCUGUGAAGAAGUUGACCUAGAGCUUAAAGUCUAUAAGCCAAUUUUUGAUGAAAUAUUUAGACUUUACACAGGGAAAAUCUUUUGCCAGUCAAAAGGAUUCAUGUCAUUAGACGAAUUCAGAAAUCUGUGUAUUGAGUCUGGACUAUUGAAUGACUCAAGAGAAAUUGAUUUUUGUGCUUAUAAGGCAAUUAUGUGCCAUAAAGAAGAGAUUCUUGAGAAAAAACAUGUGAAACUCAGCUAUGUAGAAUUUUUAGAAGCAAUUUGUAGAGUUUUCGAUCAGUGUGGGAAUAAAAACGAGAAAUUAAGAGACAAGGUUCGAGCAGGGGUUACUCAGCUUAUCAAUUUGUGCUCUGAUGCUAUAAAAGGAUCAUUUACUAUACCAACAGAUGAGGCCUAUUUUAAACUUAUGUAUCGGCCUAAACUUUAA